AUGUCUUACCCUGCAAUUGUUCCCAGCACCGCUCCGCCGUCCGACAGCGCUGCACGUGCGGAGCUCGACAUCGCUAAGCUUCACGCGCUCCCCUCCGAACAGCAGGAUCUCUACCUUCUCUCGUUUACGUCGGACCUGGUGCAAUAUGUGUCGAGUCUGGACCCGGCGCAGAUCUCGGCGCAGCAGAAAUUCCUGAAAAGCGAGCUCUUCAAGGUCAUUACCCUGUCCUCGCCGACAACUACUCGAGUCCUCCGCAAUAACCUGGGCCGAUGUUUUGGGGCAAUUUUUGGGAAGGGAGACCGGCUUAUCCUCUAUGAUACAAUUACAGAAUUGCUGGCGGUCCUGAAUUCUGGCAAGAGCGAGGCCGAGUUGAGGUCGAAAUUCGCCGCGGCACAUUGUUUGGGCGAGGUCUUCGCCGCCGCGGGGGAGAGUGCCUUUGCACAGUCGAGCAAUGUGGCUUCGAGUCUGCUCAAGUUACUGAAACAGACCAGUAACCAUGCGGGGUUCCGUGGUGUGGUCUUUGCCGCUCUCCGAAAGAUCGUGGUCGGGGUUGGCCUUCCGGUGGACGAAGCGACGGCACGCGAUGUCUGGAAACAAGCCCGGAAUACUGCCACAGGCGACAAGUCGACCUUUGUACAGGUCAACGCCUGCCGAUGUCUUGAACAGCUGGUGAAGAUGACGCCGUAUUUUGAGAACUCGAGCGACUUUGAUCAUUUGAAGACAGUCAUUUGGAAGGUGAUUGACAGUCCUGUCGCGCCUGUAAGACAUGCGGCUGCUGCGUGUCUUGCUCAAGCGCUGGUCAAACUCCAUGCCACUGAAAUCCGAAUUGACCCUGCUCCCAAGCCCAAGAAGCUGAAGAGAAUGUCUAAGAAGCCAGCCCCUAGACCGGGGGAUGACGAGGAUGAGGCUGAUGCAUCGGAAUCUUCCGCGCCAAAGAAGGCGGACUCACGUCUGUUCUUUCUACUCCCAGACCUUCUCCGGCAGCUGUCGACGCAUUAUUUGAGAAGUACCACCUCGAAUCGCACAAGGGCUGGCAUUGCGGUAUGCUAUAAGCUGAUAAUGCGAAAUCUGGGAGACAAGAUUGUGGAAGAACGUUAUGGCCAGAUUGCGACUCAUUUCCUAUUCGACCUGCUGAACCACCCGACAAUUACAUACAAUCGCUUCCGCCUUCUCAUGACAAGAAAGUUUGUUAAAAACAUACUGGAGGAAGCAGUCGGUCAAGAGCUACUGCGUGAGAACACUCAAAUCAACGCCGCCAGGUGGCUCAUCAAUGAUGUCCUGAAGGACUACCCGCAGGUUUUAUCAGAGCGUCGGGAACCCAGCAAGUAUUCUCUUACUAGUGCUGUCAGUGCAUUGUCAUCCCUGAUAUCAUCGUUGGGAUCUGCCUUUGGUGUCCUUGCGGAAGCUUGUCGCGAAGCCCUACUUCAGGUCCUUGCCCACCCCAGUUAUACUGUUCAAAUCCACACUGCACAAUGUCUCCGCAAAUUUGUGUUAGCAUGUCCGCAUCAACUUCUCUCGUGUGUGACGAUCUGCAUGAACAGCCUAACUAGAGAGAUCGGCCAGCUUGGCACACCUAGGCAGUCCCCGAGGCGUUGUCUUGGGUUCGCAAAUGGGCUCUCGGCGAUGCUCAGUACAUCCCGUUUGCAGACGUUGUACGGCUCCGUUGAUGUCUUUUCGCGCGUGUUCACUCAGGCUACCGGUCUCCUGAAGACAAGCAGUAGUGCCGAGCUGCGUGCCGCCAGCACGCAAAUUCAAGUCGCAUGGAUUCUCAUUGGAGGAUUAAUGCCCCUUGGACCCAGUUUCGUCAAGAUUCACAUCUCCCAGCUGAUGCUUCUGUGGAAAAACGCGUUGCCAAAACAUGUAGGAAAAGAGAAUAUUGCGAAGCGUGGGAGUCUGGAGAUGAGUUUCUUGGCACAUGUCAGGGAAUGUGCCUUGAGCACUUUACUCGUUUUUCUCGAAUUCAACAGCAAACUAAUCACUGCUGAUGGUGCGAAGCGGAUUGCUACCAUGCUUCAGCACACGGUGGAAUUCCUCGAUGAGCUGCCGCGGCAGAAAUCAUUGGAAGACAUCUCUCAGCGUCUGUUCCCUUCUUUGCAGCUACAUGAUUUUUCCACCAUGGUUCGACGUCGUGUCUUGCAAUGUUUCGCGAAGUUACUACGGGUCCAUCACCUCAGCCAUGGCGAUAUCAUUUCCCAGUCAAGUUUGCUGAGUUUGGCAACAUCGUAUUUUGCGGAUCCAGAUGCAUCUCUGUCAAACCCACUUGAGAGCUCAAUAGCCGGUGCAACUGCGCAAUUCGAGAACCUCUGGGAGCUCUCGGAUAAUUCUGGCUUCGGCGUGACAGGCCUCGUUCGUGAGUAUAUAAGUGCCACUUUGUCUGGCAAGUUACAGAACGACAAUGGUCCAGCGUGGUCUGCGGUCAAUUCUGCAAAUGACGUUAUCGAUGAUGUUUUGACCUUCCCAAUCUGCCAGGCCAGUGAACAUGAUGCCGUUCUCUUGUACUGUUCAAGGGACGGGGAUUCUCUGGUUGCCGAACCACCUGCUACUGGUGUUGUUAAUGCUGCCAUAGACCUGUUUUCUAUUGCGAUUCCUAUACACGCUCCCAAAGUCCAGGAGGGCAGCGUUGAGCAGAUUGCCAUGUUCCUGUCAUCUCAGACUCUUCAGCGGAACCCUGGUCGGAAGGCUGCCAUGACUGUAAACAUUGCAGUGGCAUUGCUUCAUUCAUUGAAAGUCGCCACCAAAGAGACAGAGUCCGCUGCUGGAAACUUGAGUCCAGCAACUGAUAAAAUCUUGCAAGAGUUGUUUCAGACUUUUAUCCUGGACGCCGAUCCUGUCAUACGUACGAUCGGUGUUGAGGCUCUUGGUCGGCUUUGUGACAAAGCAGGUAACGCUCUCACAAACACUCAGAUCAACUGGCUCGUCGAUACCAUUGUCGAAAACAGAAACCCGAACACGCGUGCUGGCUGCGCUGCUGCUCUGGGCUGUAUCCACGCCCAGGUGGGUGGAAUGGCAGCGGGUCUUCAUUUGAAGACCAUUGUCGGCGUGCUGAUGUCUCUAUGCAACGAUCCUCAUCCGGUCGUCCACUUCUGGGCUCUCGGAGGUCUAGAGAGGGUGGCCAAUUCUGCCGGUCUGACGUUUUCGCCUUUCGUCUCCAGUUCGCUUGGAAUGCUUGCACAACUGUACAAUGCUGACUCCCAUAACGAGGAGGCGGCUUCACUAGCAACAUCCAACUUUGAAAUGUCUUUUCUGACUCCGGUCGUUAUAAGUCGCUGUAUUGACUCCCUGAUCAAUGUCCUUGGCCCGGACUUGCAAGAUAUCACAAAGACGCGCAACCUUAUUCUUACCCUACUCAGGCAGUUCCAGUUGGAGGAAAACCCCGCUUUGGUGACUGAGAGCUCUAAAUGUCUGGAUCAUCUCUCGCUGUACGCACCGGCAUAUGUGGACUUUUCGGGCUAUGUUAGACGCCUCCAGACUGAGCUUUCAGCCAGCAGUCUGUUAAUGCGAGAAGUCGCCGUGCGGGGACUCAAUAAUCUCAUGAAAAGGGAUGCCCCAUUGGUCAUCAAAACCGCCACACCAAGCCUGGAGGAUGAGAUCUGGCUAGCGCUCGACGAUGCUCCUGAUACUGUGUCAAUCAGAAGCAUGAUCCAGGAUUGGUUGCAGCAAACAGCACUGACGGAGACUGGGCUCUGGAUUCAGCGGUGCCAGAACGUUUUGAGCAAGACACGCACGAAGGUGGAGGAUCUUCCGCCCGCAUCCACAAUUAAGACUGCCGCCCCAGAGUUACCGGAUGAUGAAGUUGCAGGAUUUGCAUCUGCUGUCGCUGGUGCAACGCAGGUAGACUCUGCAAACGAGGCUGUUGCUAGCCAAGAGCUACUCAAGUGGCAGACUCGUAACUUUUCAAUGAGUUGUCUCAGUCAGUUACUCGCAACGGUGCAAGAGGCCAUUUUGCCAGACCAAACAAUCCCUGCAGAGCUUGCUCUUCAGCACAAAGUCGGCGAUAUUGUUCGAAUGGCGUUUUCCGCAUCCACUGCCAACGUCGUAGAACUUCGAGUUUGGGGUCUAAAGAUCAUUGACCAAGUCCUGAAGAUGUUUGGAAAAACUCCUGAUCCCGACUUUGCCGAAGCAUCCCUUCUUGAGCAGUAUCAGGCUCAGAUCGGCUCGGCUCUCACCCCGGCAUUCGCGGCAGAUUCAUCGCCAGAGCUGGCCUCCGAAGCAAUCAAUGUAUCUGCUACCUUCAUCGCAACAGGAAUUGUUACAAAUGUCGAUCGGAUGGGAAGAAUUUUCAAACUUCUUGUUCUUGGACUAGAAAGCUUUGCUAAAAACCCCGAAACGACGGAGAUUGGAGACCUCAAGGGGCUCAACUCAAAUGCCAGGGUAAUGGUCCAAAUGGCUCUCUUCUCUGCCUGGGCACGCUUGCAGAUUGCAAGUGCCGAACAGGACUAUUUGAACCAGGUGGUCCAGCCUUAUCUUACCCGAUUGACACCCCUGUGGCUCUCAUCUCUGCAAGAAUUUGCCCGCCUGCGUUUCGAGCCUGAUAUUUCAGGCAGCUUGGGCACUCCCCAGUCCGGUAGUCUCGAUGAGGUGUACGCAGCACUCAACCGCGAGACCUUGUUAAAGUUCUACCAAGAUUCCUGGUUGAAUCUCGUUAAUGCGAUUGCUGGUCUUGUCGAAAAGGAUAUUGACUUUGUAUUCGAUGCGCUCGAUGGCAAGUCAGCGCUAGCAGAAGCCGAGAAUGAAGACGGGGACGAAGCCAAUUCUGAACUGACACCGGAAGGCAAGGGUCAUGACAUCAAUUACCGCGAUGAACCGGUUGCAUUCUUCUUUGUCUUGUUCGGACUGGCCUUUGAGGCCCUUGUUGAUCAGUCUACCUCUCCAACACAGCGUUUGGAGAUUCUUCAAGCCCUCAAGAGGAUUUUUAGGCCGGUGAUAUCUGGAAACGCUGUGUACCAGGAUGCCAUCUUCUCGGAGACCAUGGACAGUCUCGAUCGUCUAGUAUUAACUGAAGGGACCCCCAUUCAGAACGUGAUCAUCGAGAUCGCUAGGAACUUGUCCCUGGAUCAUCCUUCUGCCAAGGGCAGUGAGGAACGCAGUGAUCAUCUAUCAGAUGAUAUUGAACAACUUUUCGAGCUCACGAGGAGUAUUAUUCUGGUUCUCGCCAGUCUGUUACCGAACCUUCGCGAAGCUACCCCCCUUGCUCGAUUCAAUGUCAGAUCCGACGAGUCUCUUGCUCUCAUCCGUCUCUCACUUUCUUCCUUGGUUGACGUUGCCUCGGUAUUUCCUUCUAUCAUCCGUCAUGAUCUUCAUGCGUGCAUCUUCCAUAUCUUUACGACUAUCCUUGCUACAGGAAUAUGCCAGGACGAGGUUGUCCCUCAGGCUCUUCCAGUCUUCAGACAAUUUCUCAAUAGUAUCAUCGCUGAUCAGCAAGAGGCAAGCCCCGAAAAUCUCCGGGUUAUAUCUCGGCAAUUGCGGGGUUGUCUAACCCGUUUCCUCACUACCCUCACCAUUGCCCAGCGCAGAGAGUCCGAUUCUUCAUUGCCUUGUGCGAAGAACACGCUCUUGGCGAUCACGAUUCUCCUAACUUCCGCCGGGCAUCUUAUUCCUCCGCAGGAUCCUAUCCUUCCCCGUAUUUUCGCUGAACUUUUGGACUGCCUUCAGGAUGUCGGUCUUGCAAAUGUUGCUGCAGGCUGCCUUCGUUCGAUUCUGCUCUCUCCAGGUCCCAGAUCUCUCACCAGUGCGAUGAUUUCCAGGCAUCUCAUUCCCAGACUCAUCGCAUUCUUGGUCGGUUCUUUGACUGAAUCAGGGGAUGUCCCCAACGAUCCGGAGAAUUCCAGAACCGUCAUCGCUCGCACGCUCGUCUCAUGCGUGACAACGGGCACCUUCUCCCCCACCGAAGUACCAACAGCCAUCAUGCUUGUCGUAUCCGCGCUCCUAUCCCGUGCCAAGCGAGAAGGGUCGAGUAUCUACCCCGAAACCGCUUCUCUGUUGCUAGAGUUAGCAAAGGCCGGCCAGCCGAUCUUCCGCGCCCUUGUGGCAUCCAUGAAUCCAGAGCAAAAGGCUCUCCUUGAGGAGAUUCUGAGGAGCGCCGAAAUUGGAUCUAGCGCAGGCAAAGCGAGCAGACAGGAUGCGCAGGGUGAUCAGAAGGCCAUGCCAGCAAUCACUUUGCGGAUGGACUUUUAG